UUGGGAAUCUGCACCAGGAAAGAAGAGCGGAAGAAAAAGUGGAUUUUUAAUCAGUUUUGUGCCGAUAAAAAUGCAGAAAUAGUUCACUAAUCGCUGGAAAUUUGUUGCACGCAUCAAGUGAAAUUAAUUUAAGGACGAAAAGGCUGUGCGCGUUUGUGGAAAACAGAUCGAUUCAUGUUUGGCGCCGCGAUGUGAAAAGCAAGCGAUUAGCAAAUUCGGAACAAACUCCGGCAGUGCUGUCAGGAGACGCAAGGAGGAUAAAGUUAAAAGUGGCAAGAAAUCGAUUCCCGCGGGUGAAUGAGAGAAAAAAGUAGGAAAUAAUAUUGGCUCGAACUUGCUAGAAGAACUAGAACGAAAGUGUUUUGGUCCGCGAAUUUGACGUUUUCGUGGUAGGAAAAAAAAUCCUGAUCGAUUAGGAGCAGUCGAUUGCAAAAUACGUGGGCUGGUUGACUCACAGGAUAUUUUGUAAUGUCCGCAUCUGGAAGCUCAUCUCCAAACAGCAACAGCAACAAUAUUUCCAGCAGCAGUGGCAACAACGGUACGGAAAUUAGCUCCGACAGACGAAGUAGCAACGGUAAUUCCAGUGCCGGAAGGACUCCCCGCAAAUUGACGGCCGGUAGCUCGGCGGGGAGUAACGGAACUUCCGCCAGCAGUAACAGCAGUUCCUGCAUCUGGUGUGGCGAAAACAAAAACCCGCUCAAGUACGUGCUCCCGACGCAGAACGGGAAAAAAGAGUUCUGUUCGGAAACCUGCAUCCUUGAGUUCCGUAAGGCUUACAGUAAGGGCGCUUGCAUCCAGUGCGAUAAUGUGAUACGGGCUAAUGCACCGAAACCAAACUAUUGCUCGACGUUCUGUAUGAAGAAGCAUCAGAAGAAGACGGUAGGCAGCGGAGCCUCCGCAUCGCAAUCCUCCGAUGGAUCGAAUCCAUCCGCCAGCACGACUGCAACGACAACGACCAGUACGUCCAGCACAUCCUCGGCCGGUUCCAAACUCAACGGGAAUAAUAAUAACAACAACAGCAGUAGCAACAACAAUAACAACAAUGGCCGGAAGAGUAAUGGAAAUUCCCCAGGGCGAGAGCCGGCCAGGAUUAGUCCGGUGACCACCACGACAACCGGUCCCUUCCAGUACGAAAGCUUUCAUGUAUUCGACUGGACCGAGUACCUGCGCGAAUCCGGUAGCGUCCCGGCACCUGCAGAAUGUUUCAAACAGGCCCUGGUGCCGCCGACGAAUGAGUACAAGAUCGGCAUGAAGCUGGAAGCUCUCGACCCGCGGAAUGUCACCUCAACCUGUAUAGCAAGUGUGGUCGGUGUGUUGGGAUCCCGACUGCGGCUUCGGCUCGACGGCAGUGACAACAAGAACGAUUUCUGGCGACUGGUGGACUCGACGGAAAUUCAUCCGAUUGGUCACUGCGAACAGACCGGAGAAAUGCUACAACCGCCGCUCGGAUUCCGUAUGAAUGCCAGCAGUUGGCCGACGUUCUUGCUGAAAACGCUCAACGGAGCCCCCAUGGCACCAGCCCAUAUUUUCGUUCCGGAACCACCCACGCCCAAGUGCAAUUUGUUUCAGGUUGGUCAGAAACUGGAAGCAGUCGACAAGAAGAACCCGCAACUGAUUUGCUGUGCGACAGUGGAUGCGGUAAAGGAGGAUCAAAUCCACGUAACGUUCGAUGGUUGGCGAGGUGCUUUCGACUAUUGGUGUCGUUAUGAUUCGCGGGAUAUUUUCCCUGUUGGGUGGUGUGCCAAAAGCUGCCAUCCCAUGCAACCUCCCGGUCAGAAGAACAAAAUGGACGGCAGUGGUAGCCGAUCGAAGGGAUCUCGUUCUUCGUAUACCAUGAUUUCCGAACCGGAUUCUAUGACACCGACUAGCCCAGUGACGGCUCAUUUCCACAGUCGAUGCAAGGGCGGACCGUUCAUCAAUAGCUCCAAGCUGCCGUCUAUGGUCACCGCUCCGAACCACCAGACGUUGGCCAAACUCUGUCUGCAAGAAGUACUAGCAGCUUCCAAGGAUCAUUCCCAACUUUCACCUUUGCUGUUUGGCCUUGACGGCGAAGUACACAUCGUGACCGCUGCCGGUAAGAAUUUCACGGUGAAAAUCCCUGGCAGCAUCCGGCAGAAAGGUAACAAUGUACUGUCAGAGUUCCUGGAGACACUGUGUACUGCAUGUAGAGCAUGUAAACACCUGAUCACCUUGGAACCUGGUCCAGAGCAGUGCGAUAUUUGUAUGGUGCAAUCUACCCCGCUGAAGAGGCCGAUCAAGACCGAACCUACCGUACGGUCAGCAAGUCCACCUCCGACAGCAGCCUCCUCACCAAAGGCAGCCGCAACAACUCGGGAAUCACAGCACGAGCACCCACGAAGUCCUUCACCGAAGCGUAAAGCGGUCGAACAGGAAACGGCAACCUCAACGACAAACAACGAGCCAAGCUCGCCCUCUCCGCCGCCACUGUCGUCAGCGGUUGUUGCCGCCGUCCAUCUAACGCCAUCAUCAACGGUAACAGGUCCGCCUCCGUUACCGACCACACCGAUCGCAUCGAACAGUAGAACGUUAAAAUCGGAACAUCAGAACCCAGUAGCCGCAGCGGUUGCCGCAGCCACAGCUGCCAUAGCAGCAUCCUCUUCAUCAUCCACCGUGUCUGCUUCUGCGGCAUCACCCGCACAGGCACCGAUCCCAGUAGCACAUUCAACCCCGACGGCAAACGUUGCUCCGGCGCCUGCAGCCACCACCAUUGUUCCGAGUAUCCCGGUGCAACCUAGCACACCUUUGGCCGUUCCGAUUCAAACUUCGCCAUCGUCCUCGGUGGCUACUUCGAUACAAGUGUUAGCUGCAGCCCCCGUCGUGCUACAAUCGUCUCCGAUGGCCGUGCAUCUGGCGCCGAUUCCAAUACCGAUGCCGACCACAAUCGUACCCGUACCAUCACCCAGUCAACAGAUACCGCGUGGUCAAACCAGUGAUUGGACCAUCGAGGAUGUGAUAAAGUUCAUUGCCGUACAAGAUCCGGCAUUGGCCAUCCAUGCCGAUCUCUUCCGGAAACAUGAAAUCGACGGCAAGGCACUGCUUCUGCUCAACAGCGACAUGAUGAUGAAAUACAUGGGCCUGAAGCUGGGACCAGCCCUGAAGAUCUGCAAUCUGGUCAGCAGAGUGAAAGGACGCCGUCACAAUAUGUCAUCGAUGUAAAUUAUUGUUUCAAUCGUCGUUAUGUUUCUUUUAUUUGCUAUCACUGUGCUAUAUAUAAUCCCAUUCCAUGGGGGUUGUUUUCCCUUUGUUUUUACUUUGAUGACUAUACGAUACCUACAAAUAAAUGUGAAACACUAGGUAUGAUUGUAUAAAACAGAAACAGUAAGAACAAGCCAUUUGGGAUGCGGCUAGAGAAUAACUAUUUAUGUUUUCCAUAACAUAUUGCAUAGAUAGAAACGAAUGUGCUAAUUAGGGAAGAAAAGAAGCGCAGUUAGACAGUUGCAGUUGAACUAGUGAUUAGUUGGAUAAAGAUGUGUAGAAGAAGAAACGUUCACCACAUGACGGUGAAUUGAAAACAAAAAAAGGACAGUCGAAUACAGGAAAAGCGCUUUUGUUGUACGUUUUGUUUCCUACUAUAUUAUUGUAUCCUUAAAUAAAAAAAAGUGAGAAAACAAAUCUUUUGUCCUUUGUAUUUUUAAGUUCAAUCUCCAAGGAUAAUCGUUGUUUACUGUUUGGAACGAAAGAAUUAUUUCUUUUUCCUUUUUGUAAAUCAGGUAUAAUUUAAGAUUUUGUUAAAGAUAGUGGCAAAACAGAUGUUAUUUAUUUGUUUCAACAAACAUACAGUCAUUUUCUAUAACUUAACAACAACAUUCUAGCAAAUAGAAAACAUGACCACAGUUUAAAUCUCUAUGCAACAGAAACACAACGAUGCACACUCAUUCUAACAAAAUACAGUACUAAUCAAACAUUUAACACAAAAAUAGAGCAUACUAAACAAACAAACGAACAUACGUACGACCUGAACAUAUUUCGUAACACUGUUGAUCAGUAUAUCAAUGAUGGAUAUCGUGAACCGAGAUCGGGUCAUACGUUUCCUAGAGAUGAAAUUAGGAAACAAUUCUAGAUAGAGCUAGAAUAAGGGCCUAACAGCUCAGAACGUGGGCGAGUCUUGACUUUCUAGAAAUCAUCUAGAGAAGGCAUUUUUACAAAAGUUGUUAGGCCAUUUUUCCAGUUCUGAAUUGAAAUGUUUGCUCCGUCAUUGAUCAUUCACUUCAGCUGUUUAAAUCGGUUUACGAGACGAGGACUCGUUUCCUUACAACAGAUCUUGAACAUCUUUCGUGCAAAUUUCAUCAAAGUAUUUAUACGCUAGCAAAAACAUGUAACAGUACUUGCAAUAGGUAACAAUCCUGACGAAUGUGAUGCAUUCAUACCUUACCCGUAGUUUUUCCAUUUAAUAAACAAGCACCCGGAUCAAAAUUAUCGUUAACAUUUUUUACUUUAAAUUCCAAAAACAAAUAAUUAUGUACUACACCCGCUUAACUUUACCCACUCAUAUUUAACAACUCUGAUUGGCACAAAAGCAACCGAAAUUAAAAAAAAAACAAAAGGAAAAAGGUUACGGCAAAUAGGCACCCUUGCGCAGGAAGCAACCAACACAACUAGGCAUUAGACAAAUGGAUCCUCUUCUAAAUAUCAAACACACACUUUCUCACGUAAACACCUGAUGAUAGUGAAAACGCAAAUAAUUGUAGAUGUACAGUAAAAAGUAAGCAAAAAACGAUAUAAGUCAGCAGACGGCGGUAAUGAUAAAUAUUAUUAACGACUAGGAAAAAUGAUGAAAAUCAAAACAAUAAAUCACAAAUCACGGAAAGUAUCUCAUUACGCUCGAAAUAGGUUUUGUGUGAAUAUAGGUAUGCAUUUAUUGGCACCCUGUUGUGGAAUCGAACAAUUAACAAAAAAUUAUAGAAAAAGGAUUUUUGUGUGUACCCGUUGCAUUCGUCCUAGAUGAAAUGCGGCAUUUAAAUCGGCACUCGGGUUGUAUAGAAGAUCUUGUGAAUAAAAACAAAACAAAAUGUGGGCGAGAAAAUGAAACUAUCAAAUAGAGAUGUUUUGUGAUGAUUGUGAACAAUGAAA